AUGAAGGUUGUGCAACUUACCAGUGACGUGCUCGAGACGCGAUUGGCGCACCCGGUCCAUCUUCUCACGGAGCAGGACUCCUUCGACGUGACGGUCUCUCCACGUGCUGGGGCCAUGGGAGAGUGGACAAGGCAGCUGCAGAUGACGCCUCGCCAGCACGACUUCAGGGACCGCAUCCAGCUGCCGCGGCUGCUGCGUUAUCCACUGCCACCGGAUGCGAUGCCCGAUGAGCCUGAGGAUAAGCGUCGGGCGACCUUGCUGCGGGUGUUCCAGGAUUUCGUUCUGGACCUGCACAGAGGAAUGCACAUGACGCAGAUCAGCUCGAGUCAGGAAUACUCAGAUAUUCAUUGCCAAAUCCUGGAAAAUCUUGAAACUCUGAAGAUUGAUCAGGGCAGUGGCUGCAUCAUCGAGUUUCCUCUGAGCGCAGUGUCCAAGGUGUACCGCAUCGUCAAAAAUGAUGACCGCUGGUUCUCCGCAGGGUCGCUUACUGGGCCCACGCCAAUGCCACCGCUCCCUCUCUCGAACGCGGAGCACAUCGUCGUUGUUGAGUUCAUGAAGCGCAAGCUUGCCUUUGUCUUCGGCGAUAUGGCAGCCUCCCAGCGCUUUCUGAUGUGCAUGGAGCUUCUUAUCCGCCGGGCGCAGGAGGGAAGCUCUGAAGCUCGCAUGCAAGGGCAAAAACCCGACAGUCUGAUACCCAUGUUUUCGGGGACCCAGGGCCACAAGAAACCCGGCGAGCGCUUCGCCCAGCCCCUGCCCCGCCAGAUGCACGCGGAGGAGGAAAGUCUACUGGCCCUGUGUGGCUGUGAAAGUGCUUCUGAGACGGCUACUAAAAUGUGA